CGACCUCUAAAGCAGAAUAUGCAUUUUUACGCCUUUAACUAGGCUAUGCUUGCUGCACCAAACAAGGGAAACGAGUGAAAAAGUUAAUCGAGCAAACGCUUCUCCGCUAUCUGGUGUGGCUAGCAUAAGCAGCAAAAACUGAUCUGAGACCAGACAUAAUUUGGGUUAUUUCGUUUUCGUCGUAAACAAUGAGUGUUCCCCCCGUUCUAAUCCCAUCAAGGCACAAAUUGUAGCUCUCCCAACCCUGUUUAAAUAAAUAAAUAAAAAAAAACACACAAACUACCAUAAUCUGCUUCAAGGUCGUCAAUGUUUGCUCAUCAUCGUCCAGAAGGUAAACCCUUCUCACUUUCGUUAGAAAGAUCGUCGCGAACGGAUCGAAUUGUUUGGGCGUAACGUAAACCUAUCAGUUCAAAUAGCAUUAUGAAAUGGACAAGGUCGGUGAAGGUUCCGUUCCCCUCGGUGUGGCAUCGAUUCCAGGCGAAAGACCUCACGAGCCAACAGUUGGUGUGGUAUCGGGUUCAGGAUCUACCGGAGGAUCGUUUCGAGGAUGCGAUUCGUCACAUGUGCGACUACUUUGCGCGCGAUGAGCUCAUGAACCAAGCCAAGGGCUUAGCUAAGGACUUGGUUGCCAUGGGUGACGUAGUGGCCCUGUGGAAGGCAAUGCUCCCGGAUAGAAUGUCCUUGGUAUGCUUCCGGGAAGGAUCGGAUGAGAUCGUGGGAGUCAACAUACUGGAUGUGGCUUCCAGAUCGGAUAAGGACAAUGCACAGUUCAACAGCGCAAUAUUCCAGGCGAUCUACGACACUAUCGAGUAUGUAUCGCAUCAAGCGAACAUCUUCGACCGAUACAACGUGGAUCACUAUUUGAACGCAAUGGGUCUUUCCGUGGAUCCAAAAUAUCGAGGACGAGGCAUUGCCACCGAAAUACUUCGAGCAAGGAUCCCACUCUGUCGGGCCGUUGGCCUCAAACUAAGUGCAACAUGCUUCACUGGUCCCAAUUCGCAGACAGCGGCCACUCGUGUUGGCUUCCAGGAGGAUUUCACCAUCACCUAUGGUGAACUAGCACGUGUUGACCAACGUUUUAAUUAUCCCGGAAUCGAAGAGAAUUUUUGCAAAUAUAUGAGCUUGAGAGUUGAUUGAUUGCAGAUGGCAAGAGAGCGUUUUAUUUCAGCGAACGCUUGGCGCAAGCGCGCCACAUUUGUAAAC